GCUGUGAGCGGAAGGCGCGCGAGCGCCGGUGGCCCAAAUUGGAAGCUUCCCGGGGAAGUCAUACGGUCUCUUGAGCUCCACGUUUUCUCGGAGGGGGGGAAAAGUAUUUCGGAGUAAUUCUUGAAAACCGUCUGUAUUAUUAUUGAAAAAGAAAAUAUAUAUUAUAUAUAUGAAGUGAUACUCGCUUGAACUAAAUUAAUUAUACGUGUAAAUAUCUGCAUUCAAACAGGUGACCCUCCUGCUUACGUGAACGCACAUACAGCAGUUCGGAGACGUGUGAGAAGUGAGGCACUGAGUGUCACAGUGUCAGGCCGGUAUCCCGCAGGUAACGCGCACGCAGCAAAGUGUCUUGUGUGGCGUGAACUGGGACACACGGGCCGGGCGCGGCGAAGUAUGGAGAGCCGGUCCACCGAGUGUCCGCGGACAGAGGAAGGCGCCGGAGACGAGCCGUUGUUGCGCUGAGGAGGAGCCGCCCGGAGCCACGGUUCACAUCGCAGGCAGGCGCGCUGACUCGGAAGAGGAGUGGAGAGAGACCGGCGGGGGAGGCAGACGGAGCCUCCUGCCUGGGCGGCACAGCCACACAGCACUGCACUGGCUCUCCGCGCUGCCGACCGACCCGACCGCUCUCAUCCAUCACAGCAGUCACACCCAGCGGAGGAGCGCAGACAGCUGAGCGGCAGCGCUGCUCGGGACCGCGCAGGAGCGGAGGAGGAGGUGUGCCGACGGCCGGUUCCGAGCAUAACGAUUAAAAAAAUGUGGGAAAUGAUGUGAAGGAAGCGGUUCCUCCGGACCGCCUGCCGCGAUUCCGCGAGCGCUGUCAGUAAAGCGGCACUUCGGACCUCCAGCUCUCAUUGCGUUUGCUUUCCGCCGCAGUUCCUAAAUAACAAAACUUGGCAUUCUCCUCGAUAUGUGGCCGUAAUCUUGAUUUCUGCAAUUUAUUGCCGUCACGUUUGGCGAGAAACAAAAAAACAAACACGCGUAUGUGCCACCCGCCCGGUUCUUCCCCACACCGGCGUCAUUUCGAAACCGUGCCGAGAUAUUAUAUGGGUCACUUUAUAUCGAGCUAGUCAGAUCGUGUCAAAAUAUAAGUGAACAUUUCCGAAAGUAUGUGCUGUGUUGAUAACGGAAUAUAAUACUAUGGGAGGAGAGGAAAAGACGACGUUCGGAGCACCUAUUUCACUGGAUUCGCGUGCGGAAUGGAUGGAUACCGUCUUCUGCGCGAGACUUCGGGGGAAUUGCCGUAAUUUGAAUUACUAAUCAGUAUCUUCGAGGCAUCGGCAACCUGGAAGGGGUCGAGAUUCGAUAAGAUCAGAUGCAAUAACAAUAUCAGUCACCGAUGAGCUAGUCCCCCCGGCCGAUAAUGAGACGCAGGCUUUGACGGGAAUACCACAGUUCGUGACUGUCAGAGGCAGCCGCCCAAAACACGUCCAACAUGUUUAAACGAGGCUGCGGGCUGGAGGUCCUGCUGGUUCUCUGGGGUCUGAAGCUAUCUUGGUCAUGCCCACGCUAUUGCAUCUGCUACACAGCACCCAGUACCGUGAGCUGCCAGGCGCACAACUUCCUUUCGGUCCCAGAGGGGAUCCCCAAAGAGAGCGAGCGCAUCUUUCUGCAGAACAACCGCAUCGGGCAGCUUCUUCGCGGCCACUUCAGCCCUACUACUGUCACGCUCUGGCUCUACUCCAACGACGUCUCUUACAUCGAGCCUUCGACCUUUCAUGGCUUCGCUCGCCUGGAGGAGCUAGACCUGGGGGACAACCGGAACCUACGGGCUCUGGCGGUGGACACCUUCCACGGGUUGAGCCGGCUCCACGCCCUGCACCUGUACCACUGCGGGCUGAAUGCCCUUCCAAGCGGCAUUUUCCAGGGUCUGCAUAACUUGCAGUACCUCUAUCUGCAGGACAACCAUCUAGACUUCCUAGAGGACGAUCUGUUUGUGGACCUGCUGAACCUGAGCCACCUGUUCUUGCACGGAAACCGGCUGUGGAGCCUACACCAGAACACCUUCCGAGGGCUGGGCGCGCUGGACCGCUUGCUGCUGCACCACAACCGGCUGCAGUGGGUGGACCGACUGGCUUUCCAUGACCUGCGGCGCCUCACCACACUCUACCUGUUUAACAACUCGUUGGCGCAGCUGCCGGCGGAGUGUCUGGCUCAGCUGCCCUCGCUGGAGUACCUGCGGCUCAACGACAACCCGUGGGACUGCGGUUGCCGGGCGCUGCCGCUGUGGGACUGGCUGCAGCGCUUCCGUGGCUCUACUUCCGAGGUGGGCUGCCAAGAGCCACCCGGGCUUGCGGGUCGUGACCUCAAGCGCCUGCAUAGGGAGGAGUUGCCUGGCUGUACCACCUCGGAGUCGCGACACCAGAGCAGUAGCCACCACCCAAACCUGCCUCACCGGGACCAGCAUCACCCCGCGCAGCCCCCCUCACCCCUGCCCCACCCGCCCUCCUCGGCAAGGCCGGGCCGCCCGAGAAACUGCACCCGGCAGCGUGGCAGAGGAGGCAAACUGAAGGGGCAGAACGAGUCUAAUGUCUCGAGGGAAGCAGACAAGGAGUACACGUCCAUCGGCGGGGGCAAGUACGACCCCACCGACCCCAGCAGUUCCCCGCCGCGACGGAAGCAGAAGUGCCUCCUCCGGACCACGGUCGGCCCACCGAGCGGGGUCCAGAGAGCUGCGAGCGGAGGCGCCGCCCGCCACCGCUCCGCGCUUCUCAUCGUGUCCCUGUCAGGCUUCCUCGUGCCCCUGAGUGCCGUAAUACUGCGCUGAAAAAGGGGCGCGCUGCAGGGACGCAACCGUAAACCGAGUCACGGACCGACUCUGUCUCCUGCACAAAAGCACAUACUUUUGUAUACUCGUGGGCAUGUGCGUGUAUAUGUGUGCGGGUGUCGGCGGGGCGCGUGUUGGUUUGUGCUUUAGAAGAGGCCGCGGGGAAAGGAGCGAUAGGAAUGGAAACACACUUCUCCUACAGACAUGUCCACUGUUUCCUCCUCUCCUCUUGGGUUUCAAUCUCUUCCUUCCUCUCUUUUCGUGCUUAAGGUAAGAGGACCAGCCUUGUUCCCAGACAGCCAAGCCACACAGCGAGUAGUUCAGUGGAAAUCUGGUGGACGGUAAUUACGGUUUGCUUUUCUUUUUUUAUUCUUAGUUUUCCACGAUCGUUUCUUGGCCAUCUGCGCAGCCAAUAGCUAGGGAAUAAAAUCCCAGCGGCGCACAGGCGUCAGCUGGAUGCGGUACGUCGCGUUUGCCGAAGUGCUUUCAUUCUCGGUCGCUAAUUAUAGACACUUUGAAACGGAGAGGUCAUCGCCCGAACCAAUAAUAGAUCCUAGAGGACCAGUCAGUAUCAAUGUACCCUGAUCUAUAUUUGAUAUCGUAUAACCUAGUCCGAAGGUGGUUAGUGCCCGAUCGGAUUUAUAUCGACUUCGAGUCCAUCAGCAACUCAUUCAGGAAUUAGUUGCCCAGCAAGCCCUCAUACAUUUAACUUCUGUGGAAUUUUUAAAAAAUUUUUUUAUUAUUGUUUCUCACU